CUCUGGAGGGUCGGUACAUAGCCAUAGGUACGCCAACAUCAAUCCGACGACUCCUUGCAUAGCAUCUCGCAGCAGCAAGCAUUCAGUCUGAAUCCACUUCCAUCAAUCAUUCAUAUUCCAUCUCCAUUCCCACUUCACUUCCAUCCAUCGAUCUUCCAACCCCAGCUCGUUGCUGCAGCAUCACUACAUACACUACAUACGACUCCGCCCGCACUUCAGCUGCCAUCGGGAAUCCAUUCGUCGCCGUCCGCAGUCAGCAGCAGUCUCCACAGCCUCGGUGAAACAAACCCACAGGGUGCCCAGCAGGUACAUACAUACCUACAUAGUCGUCGACUUAUCGCACGAUCCCCGAUUGCGUUGCAUCUUCCACGGCCGACCCGGCAAACCACAAUUGUCUGUCUCCAGGUAGCAAAGCAAGAAACGAGCAACAUACAAGCAACCAUUUACAAACCACUAUCACGCGCCAUAUACCCAUCCUUUUAACCAACGGCCAACUUAUCCGACCGCGCCGUCUCAAUCACCAAGACCAACCUUUUCCCUCCCCUCGUCCCAUCUCGUGCAGUCGCCCCUCCCCCCCGCUUGCCGCCCGAACCCACGAGGAAAGCGUUAUACGGGGUUUCACCAAACACCACAAACGGACCACGACAAACCGAUUGCUGGAUCCCUCCCGUCCGACCCCUUUCCGCUGGUCUUCGUCUCGCCCGCACAGACAACCCAGCAUCCCAGGCUGAACCUCUCUGUCUACCUACCCCUCCUUAGGCCUCAUCCAUUGUCAAGCUGGACUUAUCGCCCUUCUUCGCCGGGUCCCCGGACCAGUUCCUCGAUAACAACAACCACAACAGCAACAUGGACACCGUGGUGAUGGAUCACGAUCAAACCAUUAGCCCAAACGAGGCUCAGCUUCCUCACAACAACAACAUUCCAGACGACAACAUGGGUGGUCUGGAGGAUUCACCCCAAAUAACACCCGACCAAAACGGCUUCCCAGAUCGCCAUUACCAACAGCAAUUCGAUCAGAACCUCAACAGCUCACCACGGUCAUAUUCCCAACACGACAACUUCGACUCAGACCGAUAUGCCACGCCACCAGCACCCCAGCCUUCAACGUCACGACCGCCCUCGGGGCUCGACGGCCAGAACCCAUCCCAGUCCGCAGAAAACGGCUCGCGGACAACCGCCGGCGGGAGUUCCAGCGAGCAAGCCAACGGGCGCAAUCAUGUCGUGAUCAAGGUCGGCAUGGUCGGUGAUGCGCAGAUUGGCAAGACAAGCUUGAUGGUCAAAUACGUCGAAGGCAGUUGGGACGAGGACUACAUCCAGACUCUGGGCGUCAACUUCAUGGAAAAGACCAUCAGCAUCCGCAACACCGAGAUCACCUUCAGCAUCUGGGAUCUUGGCGGUCAACGCGAGUUCGUCAAUAUGUUGCCGCUCGUGUGCAACGAUGCUGUAGCCAUCCUCUUCAUGUUCGACUUGACCCGCAAGAGCACGUUGAACAGCAUCAAGGAAUGGUACCGCCAGGGGCGAGGAUUCAACAAGACGGCCAUUCCCGUCCUUGUAGGCACAAAGUACGAUCACUUUGUGAACCUUUCGCGGGAGGAGCAGGAGGAAAUCUCCAACCAGGCACGGCGAUUCGCCAAGGCCAUGCGUGCGGCAUUGAUCUUUAGCAGCACCAGUCACAGCAUCAAUGUCCAGAAGAUCUUCAAGAUCGUACUAUCCAAAGCCUUCGAUCUAAAAUGCACAAUUCCUGAAAUUAGCAACGUUGGCGAGCCACUUCUCUUGUACCAGUCGGUAUAGGUUGAUGAGUAAAUUCGACGCUGUCAACCGUCUUCGCGACAACUGUGCGAGCGGCCUCCUCCGACGAUCUGCAAUUUGCAUUAAUACCCCUGGCUGGUGUCGGAGCGACGGCACAUGUUGAGUACCUGUAACGGUCACUCGACAGCGACGUGGGAGACCCAAUUAACGGAAUACCGAGGCGCGGUCCCCUUUGCAUAUAUUUGCUUCGAAGCCCCUCCCCCCUUUUCCCGUGCCCGAACACCCUCGAGGCAACUCCACUCAUCAGGACAAUCGCAUUUUGUGAUUAUUUAGUCCGUGGCUUAGCAAAUAAAGCACAAUGGAGGACGGCAAAUGGGCAUGGGUCGUGAUAAAAACGAGACAUAAUAGUCUUUGGAGUCCGGUUGUAAGGAACGGCUGGCGCAGGACCGAUCAUACCAAAUUGGGCAUCUCAAUCCGAAAUACGAUGGGGAAGGGUAUUCUAUACUAUGAAUACGGAGCGCAAGGAAUACGUGGGGCGCGUGCCUUUGGCCCUUCAGGCGUGGCAUCGUCCCCGGUACAGGUAGAAAGGGACUGGAUGUUCAUUCUUUGGUAGUAUGUGUUUUAAUUCCCUGUUGGCAGUCAACAUAUCGGUAUUUUCCUGCACAUUCUUUGCCUUCUUCUUGCUCUCCAAGCCGAUGGCACGAAACACUACCCGCCUCUCCCCGCAGACGUUCCGAGACAUCUAUCAUUUUUUUUCAACGUGUCGCCUCAAAACUGACACCAUGUAUCUUCCGGCGUAUGGAGUGCUCAGUCGGUCUACCAUAGAACCAGCCACUUGACCAGAAACAAAUGGCCACGGAGGCUGUAUAUGCAAAACAUCAUAUAUCCGUUACCAGAAUCAUCUGCUGAAUAAAGUGCCACUGGGGUUGGGACAACUCAUAAAGGUGAGCUUCCUCCUCUGCAAGAAGGAAGAGCACGUAGGCUGCGAACCGAAACGACGUACACUACAAGGUUCUGUCCUCACAAGAUCGGUUUCCCGAAACCUGUUGUUCUUCCCAAUGUGGUUCUCGUAAUCCCGCUUGCGGACGUCGCAGUAGAUAACGGAACAGGCAUACGCAAACCCCGAGAACCGUACUCGAACCUCAUCAUAGACACCAGAGGCUUACCAGACAUUCCAUCCUCGUCCUUGCGGCUGAUACAUCACACCCGAGGACAAUGUAAGGUUGUCAAAAGUCAAACCCUUCAUUGACUCUUGGGACUCAGGUUCGGCGCACGCGUGCCACAUCAACAAGCAUGAUGCUUAACCUGUCACGUCAUGGCGAUCCA